GGCGUAUAUUCUCAUAAGUAGUUCCUCAUUUUGAUACAUAGGGAACUUCGAAAUAUUAAUAAAGAGUUUACGAAUGUUUUUGAGUACGGGGAGCAACGGCGAGCGAAUCCACCAAAAUUCUGUCGAGGUUCACAUGCAAUCUUGUCCGAGCUCGCGCCCCUGGAAAGAUCAUCCUCUCCGGCGAGCACGCCGUGGUCCACGGCUCAACCGCCAUAGCCGCCGCCAUCGAUCUACACACUCACGUCUCCUUCCGCCUCGAUCCGUCACUGCCCCCUGGAGAUGAGGAAUCGGCCGUGGAUUUGGAGCUGAAAGAUAUGGCCUUGAAGUUUUCUUGGCCAUCAUCGAAAUUGAGGGAGGUUCUGGACGACGCUGUGGCCGAUCCCUCGAACCCGGCUUCCUGCUCGUUGGAACGAAUCAAAUCGAUUUCUGCCCUCGUGGAGGAGCCCAUCAUACCGGAAGCUAUGAUCUGGCUCUCUUCCGGAGUUUCUGCCUUUCUUCAUCUCUACACCUCGAUCCAUGGUUACAAGAGAGGAAAAGUGGUAGUAACUUCAGAUCUUCCUCUUGGAUCCGGACUGGGCUCAUCUUCAUCAUUUUGUGUCUCACUCGCUGGUGCUCUGCUUUCAUUGACUGAUGCUGUAAGCUUUGACAAAUCCCAAACCGGAUGGUUUAAGUUGACCAAGGCUGAGCUUGAACUGGUCAAUAAAUGGGCGUUUGAAGGAGAGAAAAUUAUACACGGGAAGCCAUCAGGCAUCGAUAAUACAAUAAGCACAUUUGGAAGCAUGAUUCAAUUUAAAUCAGGUGAACUGAUUCAAAUUAAAUCAAGUGCACCUCUAAGAAUGCUCAUUACUAAUACAAAGGUUGGAAGGAAUACGAAAGUACUGGUUGCUGGUGUAUCUGGAAGAUCCUCACGGCAUCUGGUUGCUAUGUCUUCUGUGUUUACUGCUGUUGAUUGUAUUAGUAAGGAGUUGUUGACCAUCUUAGAAUCACCAGCUGCUGAUGACAUAUCUGUUACUGCAAGAGAAGAGAAGAUAGAGGAACUAUUGGAAAUGAACCAAGGUUUACUCCAGUGCAUGGGGGUAAGCCAUAGUUCUAUUGAAACUGUACUGCAGACUACACUGAAGUACAAAUUGACCUCCAAGCUGACGGGUGCUGGUGGUGGAGGGUGUGUUUUAACACUGCUACCAACAUUGCUUUCAUGUUCAAUUGUCGAUAAGGUCAUUGCUGAGCUUGAAUCAUGUGGCUUCCAGUGCUUGAAAGCCGAGGUUGGUGGUGAAGGCCUUGAGAUUUUCUCCAGAUGAUGAUCAAAAGCAAAGAUUUUGCAUCAUUGGAAAAGGAGUGUAAUGAAAGAAGAGCUUGAGUCUUGUGUGUCUCCAUGUUUUAGAUGCAUGCUUCAAAAUCUGAGAGAUUUUUUUAUCCUCGUGAGCUGACAAUUAUUCAAUAACCGUAAACUUCUCUAAUUUUUUUAAUGCAAUAUUUGGACAAAUAAUGGGCAC